AUGCGAUGCUCUUUGUCUGUCGUUCUGGCCGUUGGCGCCGGGUUAGUGGCCGCCGCUCCCCAUGCGCAUGAAUCAAGGGAAACACAUCUUCGUACACGCAAUAUCAUCGAUAGCACGACUAUCGCGGGCUCAUACGACUUCGUCAUUGUCGGCGGAGGUUUGGCUGGUCUCGUGCUCGGCGCACGCCUCUCAGAAGAUGCGAACCAUACGGUCCUUGUCCUCGAGGCUGGUGGUAAUGGAGACGAGUAUCGAGAACGAAUAGACACUCCGGCAUAUGCAUAUUAUGAAUCGCUCUGGCCGACGGAGCUGAAUUGGGCCUUCACAACAACUCCUCAACCCAAUGCGAAUAACAGCGUGUGCCCGUGGCCUCGUGGCAAAGUUCUUGGAGGUUCCUCGGCCAUCAACGGAAUGUACCUGAAUCGGCCGGGCGAAAUCGAAGUUAAUGCAUGGCAAGAUAUGCUCGGGGACAUGGACGGCGCAGAAAACUGGUCUUGGGAGUCCAUGUACGCCGCGAUGAAGAAGAGCGAGACAUUCAGUCCUCCUGUCGACUCUUCAAUUCAACAAGAGGCUGCCAUCACUUACAAUCCUGCAAGCCACGGCAGCCAAGGGCCAAUCCACAUGUCUUACCCCGGCUUUACUCUACCUCUAGUUGGCGCCUGGUCCAGUGCUGCGAUCAACGCCGGUGUAGAUAACACGCAAGACGCCUAUGGUGGUGAGAACUGGGGAGCGUACGUUGCAACGUCAGCUAUCAACCCAGCCAACUGGACGCGUUCCUACAGCCGCUCUGGGUACCUUGAUCCGCUGCCACCACGUCGUAACUACGGUGUGGUUGCCAACGCACAGGUUACGCGCAUCCUCUUCAACAAUACCUCUGGAGGAAAUCUAACAGCAUACGCUGUCGAGUACGCGCUGAACGGAGGUGAUGCCAAGCUGACAGUGGGAGUGAAUAAGGAGGUCAUUCUUGCUGCUGGCACUGUUGGCAGCCCGACCGUUUUGCUCUACAGUGGCGUCGGUCCUAAGGACGUCCUGGAUGCGGCAGGAGUUGAAGUUCUAUCCGACCUUCCUGGCGUUGGUCAGCAUCUCCAGGAUCACAUAAGUGUCACGGUAACGUGGAGUAGCGACGCGGAGACGGCAGGCACUAUCUAUAAUGAUAACAGCAGCGAAAAGAACGAUCCUGCCUUCUUGUCAUAUGUUAACAGCGCGACUGCCUACGUGAAUUCCUCUUUACUGUUUGGCAACGGAGUCAGCGGCCUUCAAAGCAACAUCUUGGGCGAAAUCGACCAGUACAUACCGAACACGAGUUCAGAUACUGGUGUCAUUUCCGGCUACAAGGCAAUCUAUGGCACAACGGCGAACACCAUUCUCACCAGCCCGAUCGGACUGAUAGAGCUUGUAAUUGGACUGAGCACUGACGGUGCUAUUCAAAUCGGCGCCAAUCUCCAACAUCCCUUCAGUCACGGUCAGAUCUCCAUCAACUCCUCGAAUCCUCUAGACUAUCCGGUUAUCAAUCCAAAUUAUCUGAAUCAUCCAGCUGACGUCGAGAUUCUCCGCGAAGGCGUUAAGCUCGCCCGCCGCCUGGGCGAAACCGAGCCCUUAGCCAGCGCCAUGAUAAAAGAGACAUGGCCUGGAUCAGACGUCCAAACUGACCAGGAAUGGGAAGACUGGCUCCGCGGAGAAGUUUUUACAGAGUUCCACCCAUCCUCCACCUGCGCGAUGCUCCCUCUUGAACAGGGCGGUGUGGUCGACGCAAACCUCCGCGUCUAUGGGCUUUCCAACGUCCGUGUCGCUGACGCCAGCGUACCGCCCAUGUCAUUCUCCGCGCAUCUCAUGAGCUCUACCUAUGGGCUGGCCGAACAGGCAAGCACCAUUAUCCGCGGAUUCUACAAUCAACCCCCUCCGUCGACAAAACAUCACAACUCAACGACAAAUAGCACUAGCUCAAGCAACGGUCGAAGUUCAGGAAACGGCAAUGGCACAGCCAUCCUGAACACCACGAACGUCCCUCCCACGAUAAAUGACACCAGUUCGACCAGCACGAACAGCAACGCUGCGUCUUCUUUGAAUUGCUGGCCACUCUUGAUGACGGUGGCAUUCCUGUACUUGACUUCCAGACUUCUGCUUUGA